UAAUUUUCUUAAAAUGACAACCAUUAAUUAAGCUACUUUAGGAGGAGGAUGUUUUUGGUGCAUAGAAGCUGUAUUCAAGAGCAUAAAAGGUGUAAAUGAAGUUUAUUCUGGAUAUGCUGGAGGAGCUAAUAAGAAUACAGCUAAUUACAAAGAUGUUUGCAGAGGAGAUAGUGGACAUGCAGAAGUUGUUUAAAUUAUUUAUGAUGAAUCAAAACUUAAAUAUUAUGAUCUCUUAAAAGUAUUUUUUCAUUCUCACGAUCCAACUACUUUAAAUAGAUAAGGAAAUGAUUAAGGACAUUAAUAUAGAUCAAUCAUUUUUUAUCAUUCUGAAUAAUAAAAAUUAAUAGCUGUUGAUUUAAUCAAAGAACUAUAAAGAUCAUAUAAAAAUCCCAUAGUUACAGAAAUUGUUGAAUUUUAAUAAUUUUAUAAAGCUGAAAAUUAUCAUUAGAACUAUUAUUUUAAUAAUAAAAAGGAAGGCUAUUGUAAAGUAGUGAUCAAACCAAAAUUAGAAAAAAUAAUCAGUUUAUUUAAAGAUAAAAUAAAAGAGGAAAUCAAAUGA